AAAAAAAAUACACCAAAUAUUCAAAAUGGCGUGAUAAUUGUGGUCUAGAAGACCGUUGUCAGCAAGACCCAGCAAUAGAUAUUUUAUGUGUGCUUUUUUUUAUAAACUUUGCACAUGACUAUGCCACGGCUCGGUGGCACUAUUUGAUGGGCGAGAUUGCAUCGCUCCACAAUCCAGUUCGACCGAAAGAAUCUAUCGAAGCAGCCACUUUAGUCAAUAUUUCUCAUUUUAAAACCACCGUGCCUUUGGCUAACGUUCAGUUGCAUCGGUUGAACAUGAUGGAAGAUCGCAUCCCAGAUGUAGAACUGAUUAAACAAGAUCAGUCUACCUAUCUGUUACAACAGCACAUUAAUCAAAUGGGCAUGACUAUUUCAUCGGGAAACGUAAUCAUAAAAAAAGAUAGCAGUAAUCUUAUUGGGAUCAGCAUCGGCGGUGGUGCUCCGCUUUGUCCUUGUCUUUAUAUUGUACAAGUUUUCGAUAACACACCGGCUGCGCAUGAUGGAACGUUGGAAGCUGGAGACGAACUUGUAGCGGUUAAUGGUGAAUGCUUGAAAGGAAAAACAAAGGUUGAGGUGGCAAAAAUGAUUCAAGCUUGCGAUAACACAGUGAGCAUCAUCUAUAAUAAGCUUCAUGCCGACGUUCGUCAGGGACGGACUUUGGACAUUAUUUUGAAAAAGGUGAAGCAUAGACUAGUCGAAAGUAUGGGUAAUGCAACUGCUGAUGCCUUGGGAUUAUCCAGAGCUAUUCUUUGUAACGAUACUCUUGUCCAAAGAUUGGCAACGCUUGAAAAAACGGAAAAUCUUUACAAAGGAUUGGUAGCGCAUGUAAACUCGGUUCUACAUGCCUUCUUUGAUCUUUUUCAAAUUUACAAAGUAUUUGGAGAUGCCUUUGCAUCAAUGGGUGUGAAAGAACCGCAACCACGAGCUAGCGAAGCCUUCACAAGCUUUGGGGAGCAGCACAGACAAAUGGAGAAGCUGGGAAUAAUUAUGUUGAAAAGUAUAAAACCCAUCUUAUCGGAUCUUGGAACAUAUCUGAAUAAAGCAAUUCCAGACACCCGCAUGACUAUUAGUAAAUAUGCGGAUGCUAAAUUUGAAUAUCUUUCUUAUUGCUUGAAAGUGAAAGAAAUGGACGACGAAGAGCAGAGUUAUAUUGCAAUUCAGGAGCCUCUGUAUAGAAUCGAAACAGGAAAUUACGAAUAUCGCCUGAUUCUAAGAUGUAGACAGAAUGCUAGAACAAAAUUUGCAAGACUGCGAUCGGACGUUCUGGUUAAGCUCGAGCUUCUCGAUAAUAAGCACGUAGAGGACGUUGUGAAACAAAUACAAAAAUUUGCAACUGGAUUGGCCAAGUAUUACUCAAAAGUUUCACAACUUUUAUGUGAAAUUGACUUGUCUCAAAAUGCCUUUCAAUACAAGCAGUCCGAACAGAUUUCAGUUUAUAACGACGACGAAGAAGAAGGAGAGGAGGAAGAGGGUGCGUGUGGUUUUGAUCCAAGCAAAAUAUUGGAUUUUGAUGUGGCCGAGGAAGCCACACCGAACGUGCGCCCCAAUGCUAAGUCAGAAUUUACGGAAUUAAAGCAAUUACAUAGAAAUAUUGGAUCAAAGGAAUUAGCAGAUUUGAACGAUCUAGUUGAUUUAAAUGGACUUAAGAAGAUGAAUGAAAAUUUUGAGCAGUUAUUACUCUUGGAUGACGUUAGAAAACCAGAGGCAGAUGCAAAAUACGUGGAUUUACUUAAGGAAGAGGUGGACAAGUCAUUAUUAUUUUUAGAUGAAAAAGAUAAAGCUUCUUUAUCUCUCGUAUCGCUUGAGUCUGUCGAACAAAAUAAGGCAGUGCCGGAAUUAUCAGCUAAGAAAAAAAAUGAUUCCGACUCGUUACUAUUUUUAGACAUACCCAACGAACCACUUAUUAAUUUAGAAAUUAAUUAAGCGUUUGAAACAUUAUUAUGCAAUUAAGUUUACACGACUGUAUUUAAAAUACUGUAUCUUGUAAUUUUAUCUAAAGUUUGAAUUAUCACAUUACAUUC